AUGGCCGCCCCUCAUGCUUCUGCCGAGGGUGAGCGCCCGGAUGACGUUACGGCUUCUCAUUACGAUGUCCUCGGUCUCGACCCCUCCAUCCUCGACUCCUCUACUGCAAACCCGUCCAUGAUGAUAAAACGAGCGUACAGACGGGCCUUGUUGCGUCAUCACCCCGAUAAAUCUAGCUCUACCAAAAAUUCACUCUCUUGCUCACCCACAUCUGGUCAGAUAACAGCAACCUAUUCUGUCGACCAGAUCAGCCGAGCUUUCGCCGUCCUUUCCUCACCCACCCAGCGUGCUGCCUACGACUCCUCCCUCACCCUCUCCCUCUCCCAAUAUUCCCCGGGAAAGGCGCGCUUCCGGACAGGCGUCGAAAAUGUGGACCUCGACGACCUGCCUUUUGACGACAAUGAGGCACGCUGGUACCGGUCCUGUCGCUGUGGGAACGAUAGAGGAUACUCGUUUGACGAAGACGACUUGAUAGAAGUCGAGACGGAAGGGGUACUCAUGGUGGGAUGUCAGGACUGUAGCCUAUGGCUCAGCGUUCAUUUCGCUGUGAUGGAAGACCAAGAAAUAAGUAAUGCAAAAAGCUGA